AUGAAUGGCGCCAAUCAGAUCACAGAAUUGCUCGGAGGGCCAAGUUUGGAGCAACCGCUCUCGCUCGAGAAGAAAACCGAAGGAAGUUUCAUAGACCAAACAAUCAAAGGCCUUUCGAGUAACCCGUUGUUCAGUGCCGGUGCCGGACUUGCAGGAAUAGGUAUGGCUGUUACGUUGUUGAAACGCUUUGCUGUCGUGGGAUCAUCGCUACUCCGUCGCCGUUACAUUGUCUCUCUACAGUUGAAUAAUGAGGAUCCGGCUUAUUCUUGGCUUCUUGACUUUGUCAAUCGACAUAGCAAUCGUUCUGCGAGAAUGUUGUCCGGACAUACUUCUUUAAAGAUUGGUGAGAGCGGUCGGGCGGCAAUUUCUGUUGCGUCACUCCUGGUCACGGAAAUCACUAUUUCUCCUACAAAUAUCGAUGGAUUCAUUGUGAACGAACUCGUGAAGAGCAUACCGUGUCGAUUGAUGGGCGAAGAACUCCGUUUGAGACGGUCACACUCACAACGU